AAAAAAACUUUCUAUAUGACAAAAAUUCCUAACAUGACGACACUCAACCAGCUGUUUGAUUUGCCGGGGCAGAUUUGCCAUGUCCAGUGUGGUUUUUGCACCACUAUUUUGCUGGUGAGUGUACCGUUGACAAGCCUGUCAAUGGUGGUGACUGUGAGAUGUGGGCAUUGCACAAGCCUUCUCUCUGUCAAUUUGAUGAAGGCUUCCUACAUUCCUCUUCAUCUCCUCACUUCUCUCUCUCAUCUCGAUGAGGCGGGGAAACAGGAGGUUGCAGCUACAACUGAUGGUGUAGAAGAAGAAACAUGGAAGGUGAAUCAGGAUCAGGAAACUAGUCGAACGACUUUGGUCACAUCUUCAGACAAUGAAGAUGAAGAUACAGAUGUGUCUCGUGUUUACCAAGUUGUCAACAAACCACCUGAGAAACGACAACGAGCUCCUUCCGCUUAUAACUGCUUCAUCAAGGAAGAGAUCAAGAGGUUAAAGGCUCAGAAUCCAAGCAUGACUCACAAAGAAGCUUUCAGCUUAGCUGCCAAAAAUUGGGCCAAUUUCCCUCCGGUGCAGAACAAGAGGGCUGCCUCAGAUCAAUUUUUUUACGAAGAUGACAACAAUGCACUACUAUCAUGCAAUGCUCUCGAGGACCAUGAAGAAAGCAACAAUGGGUUCCGAGAGCGAAAGGCCCAAAGGCAUUCCAUUUGGGGAAAAUCUCCAUUUGAGUAAUAACAAUUUGGCAUAUGAAAUGUGAUGGUGACUAUUUUCUUCUAGCUAUGGUUUGAUUUUGUUGCUUUAGUUUCGUAUUGUUGGAGAGAGAAGGAUCUAAAAUGUGUGUAGGAUUUGGGUGUUCGAGGAGAGUCUUGGGAA